CAUUCCUUAAUUGAACCUUUCCUGCAACAGCCUAAAAGGUUCUCGACCCUGCCUGCAUCUGCAUCAAAGGUCAUACCACACCAGGCCGCGUCUAGUCCUUUGACGUACAACCCGCUCGCUCGGCUUUCAGACUUGAACUUUCGUCUGUGUAUGCAUGCGCAGGAAACAGUCACUUUAAUCCCCUCAGCUGUUUGUUCUUCAGUCCGCGCUCGCCGCGUCUUGUGUUACUGCCCAGCGACCACAGAAAAGUCUUUCAGAAAACCCUCUCUCUCUCAUCUACGAGCCUUCGCUGAGUGGACCAGCACACGAGGUCCAGCUCGAUGGCCUCAACUUUGAUCGUUCAGAACCGUCAUUGUGUAAGAGUUGGAGAAGACAUAAAUCGACGAUUUUCCACUGAAAGACCAUAUCUUUGAACAGUGAUCGCGCACAGUCAUGGACAUCAAUUCAUUACUCUCUCCUUCAGAAACGCCGCGCUCAAUUUCCUUGACGCCAGGCUCGGAAGCUCCUGCGAAAUCACCUUUCAAACAUGUCCAGCGGUCGCAUUCGAACGCAGGCAGCCAGCCUACUGCAGGUUCGCCGUUGUCUCGGUCGAUCCUUCCUCCGUCAAGUAUCCCGGCUCAUGUGAGAAGCCCAUCACAGCAACCCGCAUACUCGUCACCCCUCAUAAGUCCUGUUCCUGCCGGACCCAUGUCAGGCCAGUUCUCACGGUCUUCAUCUACACAAAACAUGGACACUCUGGCGGAGCUUGCGCCGAACCAACCGCAUUCGAGAUCGACACCGCCCGUCCUCACCAGUCAUGAUUCCUCCGAGAGCCAGAAAUCGCCUGCCGGCCUAUUCCCACGCCUCACCUCCUCAGGUGCAACCUCGAACCCUCGCGCGUCAUUCGAUAUCGCCAUGGUCGAGACACCGAAGCAGGUCUUACGAGGCGACUAUACCGAGACCUCGCUGCCGAUUGAUUCACAAAACAGACUGUCAGUGUUGGUAGGACAUGUGCUGGAGACUCCUUCGUCAUUUAUCACGCACACAGAGAUCAUCAGUAUCUUGCACCAGGGCUUUGUCGAUCAUAUUUACCCGUCUACAAAUCCGAAUGCUCGCCGGGAUCCCUGGACAUACGAACUGCUUAAGGAACUGAGACAGGCCCGCGAGAAUUUCGACAAGCUAUAUGCUGUCGGCGAGGACCAGUGGCUGGAUUGGCUUCAGGACGAGAGCAUCCUCGCACAAACAGCGGAUGAACGAGUUGACGUCGUCAACAAGUGCCGUCGAGCCGUGACCGAAGAGUUUGGCAGCACCCGGUUAUGGGUCACAUUUGGCGAGUGGGUUUCGCAUUGUUAUCGAUGGGCACUCGAAACCCCUAGCGAUGCCGAAGGAGACGCCGGCGUGAUAGAACGGUCAGUGGGGCGUGAAGUGUUUGAAUGGAACCUGGUUCUCGACACGUGGACGGAAGCGGUCGAGAGCACGAAGCACGACAUGGCCCAUAGUCAUGAAGUCUGGGACAAAUACAUGACUUUCAGAUUUGGAGAUACCAGCCAAAAGUUGUCCUCAACCGACUCCACAGCUGCUUUCGACCUCUUCCAAGCUCGACUGCGUGUACCACAUGCCGAAUGGCAACAGACCUUUCAGACGUUUUCCUCUUUUGUUUCUGCAAACAUACCGGAUCAGUACGAAAGCAUUAUGGCUUCCAGCCUCAAAGACUCUGUGGGUGCUAAGGAGAUUUGGAACGACCGAGAUGCAUAUGAAAGUACACUGCAAGAAGCGCAAAGGAGAGGUGAUCAGACCUUGGAGUACUCGACUUUCGACCAGUAUAUUGUCUUCGAGCGCAGUGAGGAAGAAAAGGCGAGAAAGCCGCGGAAUGCGAAAGCAAGACGUAAUCAGAAAGAGCCCGCAAGUGCUGGCUUUGACAUGGUCGCUUCUUUGUAUGCUCGCGCUGAGCUCCGGUUCUCCUCAACCGUUCAAAUCUGGGAGGCUCACCUAGAUUACAUGUUGGAGAGAUCCAAGAUUGAUGUGCUCGACCUUUUGGCACGAGCCACGAAACACUGUCCCUGGUCCGGGUCAUUGUGGAAGCAAUAUCUACUGGCGUCCGAGCUGAAAGCAGAAGACGAAUGUGAUGACACCGCCAAGAUCAAGGCAUUCGAUGAGACUGAGAAGAUCAAGCACCAAGCUACCAGCACUGGGCUAUUGGAUGCUGCCGGCAUUCAUGAGGCGCUGAUAGUCUACGACGCAUGGUGUGGCUAUCUCUUAAGACGGACGAAACGAGCUGAUGCUGUGGAGGAGGAUGCAGAUGUGGCCGAAAUGGGCAUAAGAUCUUCUAUCGAGGAGGUGCACAGCCUUGCGUCCAAGCAAGGUCUGUUGCCGAGUUUCGAUACUUCCUUCAUGUUGCAGCGGAAAUACGUUGAGUAUCUCAAGUCUCAGCGGCGAUUUGACAAUGCCAGGGCACAAUUUGACGAUCUCAUUCCCGAGUAUGGCACGCACUAUAAAUUCUGGUUGCGUUUCUACGAAUUCGAACUUCAGAAGUCGGUGUCCAUGGCCUUCAUCCAACAGACUGGCCCUGAUCGACUCGGUUCUUUGUCCUCGGCUCCUUUUGCAGUCGGAGUCUUGAAACAAGGUCUUCAGUAUCCAGGUCUUGACUAUCCGGAACCGCUUAUCGAAGCACUGGUGAACCACUGCGAGGAUUAUGAGGAUGCAGAUGAAUUGCAGAAUGUGCUGGUUUUUGUACGAAAGAUACGGAAGGAGAUUGUCAAGAAAUCUGAAGAAGCUCAGCAAGCAGAAGACAUCAAAGAGCAGUCACGAAAAGCUGAAGAACAAGUUGCGAAUCGAACCCAAGAGGUGGCAAAUGCCCUUCAUAUCGGAAAGAGAAAACGUGAGGAUGAGUCUGAGGAACCAGACACAAAGAAGCGGAACAAAAGUUCUGAUGGAGUGGAAGAUUCGAUCGAAGGCUCUGCUGGUGUCGAAGAUCAACUCAAGCGUGACCGCGAACACGCUAGCAUUCUUGUGCGAAACCUGCCCUCGAAUGUGGCAGAUAAGAAAGUGCGACAAUACUUCAGCAGCUGUGGCACUGUGAAGCACGUGAAGAUGCUGAAUGAGGAGAACAGCGCUGUUGUUGAAUUCGAGGAGGCCGAAGCUGCAACCUUCGCUCUUUCCAGAGAUGGUAGAGAGUUCGAAGGCUCCGAGAUAUCGGUUGUGCUCAAUACUGGAUCUACCUUGUACGUCACAAACUACCCUGCUGUAGCGGACGAGACAUACAUUCGAAACCUCAUGGGUAAGUACGGCGAAAUCAUCAAUGUACGGUUUCCGUCACUUCAGCGGAAUAAGAGGCGCAGGUUCUGCUACGUCGAAUUCAAGCAGCCAGGUGAGGCGCAAGCGGCGACCGAAUUGGACAACCAGGAGAUUGAAGGACUGCCACUCGUGGUCAAAAUCUCGAAUCCGACAGCACGCAAGUCAAGGGACGAAAACACGGACGAAGGCCGAAAGAUUUUUGUUGGCCACUUACCGUUCAAGGCCAAGAACGACGAUAUUGAGAAACUGUUCUCGCAGUAUGGAAAGCUGGAAAACAUUCGAGUUCCUCACGAUCCCAAGAACCAAUCCAGAAACCGAGGCAUCGCCUUCCUGACCUACGCCACUUCAGAGCAGGCCCAAGCCGCGGUGGCUAUGAAUGGGCAAGAGUUCAAGAGGAGACAAAUCACCGUAGAGCUGACUUCUGAAGGCGGCAAGAAGGCUUCGAGGACCGGUUCUCUUCGCUCUAAAUCACCUUCGGUUGUUGACGGCGAUAUGGAUAAAGGGUCCAAGCCACAGCGCGAUCCCGCAGCUGUCGAAGACCGAAAACAACGAACGGUGGCCAUCUGCGACGUGCCCGACACGGUCAAUGAGAGCCGAAUCAAGGCAAUGGCUGAAAAUAUUGGCCCUGUACGAAAAGUCGUUCUCAAGACGAAUCAUCAAGGUGCUAUCAUCGAGUUCGACCAGAUCCCUGACGCUGGCCGUGCUAUGAUUGAGCUGGAUGGUCAUGAGAUUGACCCUGGUCGACGCAUCCGAGUCACCACGGAGAAAGAAAUGCUCCAGCAGAAGGCAGAGCACAAGCAAGAAUCGUUCGUCAAGCGUCCCACUGCAAGUCGGCCAGCGCCUGCUCCCGCAGCCGGUGCGGUCAGACGUCCUAUGCAGCCUGGCGCUCGAAAGGGUGGGAACCUCGGUCAAAGAUCUGCCUUCCUGACGCAAGCAAAGCAGCAAAGUGAUGUUGGGACAAAUGGCACGUCAGGUGAGGGAAAGAAGACGAACGGCGAUUUCCGCAAUCUCAUGAACAAAGGAUGACACUCGGUCGAUCGAUUGUAAUCAAGAAGAAUGGAAAACAAGGAGCAAGUGUGCUGACGAUGCCCAAUGCCCCUCAGCAAAAGUUCUCCCUUGUUGGUAUCAUGCCAACAUAUCAUAUUUCUGCUGU